UCAGCCAUAAGCUCGUCUGUGGAGUGUGUAUAUAAAGGCAGCAUCCAAAACACAAGACCGAAUCUGUUGGAUGACCACGUACAGCGCUACCAUUUUUGAACCACUGUUAAUACAAAACAGAAUGGGAUCCUCUAAGCUGGCCCUGCUUCUGGUCCUGGUGUCCUGUGUAGAACGCUGUCUGUCUGCCUCCUGUGUCGUCGACAGCUUCUCAGUCAAAGAGGACUUUGACCCCAAGAGGUAUUCAGGGAAGUGGUAUGCGCUGCAGAAGAAGGACCCAGAGGGCCUGUUCCUGCAGGACAACAUCUCAGCCGAGUACACCAUCGAUGACGACGGCUCCAUGACCGCCUCCUCCAAGGGACGUGUCACUCUGUUUGGCUUCUGGGUCGUGUGUGCCGACAUGGCCGCCCAGUACUCUGUCCCCGACCCUACCAGCCCCGGCAAGAUGUUCAUGAACUACCAGGGACUGGCCAGCUACCUGUCCAGUGGAGGUGACAACUACUGGGUGAUCGACACCGACUACGACAACUACGCCAUCACCUAUGCCUGCCGCACCCUGAAAGACGAUGGCAGCUGCGAGGACGGCUACGCCAUUAUCUUCUCCAGGAACCCCCGCGGUCUUCCCCCCGCCAUCCAGCGCAUCGUGCGUCAGAAACAGGAUGACAUCUGCAUGGCUGGACAGUUUGAACCUGUCCUGCAGUCCGGAGCCUGCUAAAGAGGAAGAGAGAAGUGUGCCAGCUAGCUGCGGUCUCAAAUGGGGCUCUGAAAGCUAGAACAAGGAGAAGGAGAUUUGCAUGUCAGAGAAGGCAUACUUGUUGUGUUUGUGAGGGUGAUGAUGUGGAGCGAAUGGCCUUCGCUAAUUCAUUUGAUGUGAGGAUCUGUUUUUAAUCAAUUUUUUCUCUCAAUGUUUCGUGUGAACCAUUUGGUUUUCCAAGGAAAAAUGUCACUGAUGUGUGAAAAUUAAAAUAAUAAAAAAAAUAUUUUUCUAACCAA